AUGUAUUGGACCGCGAAGUCCUUCUCGACGACAAUUGUUGCUGCCACCGUUGUUCAGAUCAUCAACACCGACUUGCAAAUCACAAGCCUGUCCACGCAAUACAACGAAAUUCCGGCCGGUUACACUGUGCCUACGAACACAAAUGCCCAAGGGACCCAGACCGUAGCCAUAACGUACUACCGAUCAGACCAGCGCUUUACAACUACUGCUGCGUUUCCAACACAGUUCAAUAAAUUCCCACAAGAGGUCAAUUGGUCAGGAACCCUAGCCACGACCAACGCAGCUGGCAAGUCGGUCUGCUCGACGGUAGCCAGCAGUGCGAUAGACUAUGUCGACUAUUUCUCACAAGACACUGUCUUUACCAUGCCAACUGGUCCGUAUGGCCCGGACCCUGGAGGCCUCCUGUUCACAACGAGUUGGGUGGAAGAUUUCACGAGCAUGGGACAGUCAUACCAAGCCAUCUUUCCGGGUGUGACUGCUCUGCAGAGCUGCUCGAUUGCACACGCUGUGUUCCCAGCCGUGAUGGAACUGACUGCCCGCUUCAUUACAGCCACAGCGGUGUCUUAUGUCGGCGGGGGGAGUUCAGGAACCGCGACGGCCACCGAUUCAGCAGUCGAGGGCGGAAAUUCUCAAAACGGCGCCUCUCAGACCUCGCCAAAUACCUCCUCAGGCUCGAAUUCAGUUGUCACGCAGACCGUUCACACCAUCACAUCGGCUUCGUUGAGCACGGUGAUCAGCCAGGGUACAGCUGGACCCGUGACGGCCGUCAACACGAUUAUGGUUACUAAUCUCGUUACGGGCCCGGGUUCUGGAAACACUGCCGUGAGUACGCCGACAGCUGCAAAUGGUGCAUCAAGCGGUAAAUUGGAUAUCGCAUUGACAGCCGGCUUCAUGGCUUUGGCUCUCCACCUCGUGCUUGCGACUCUUGUCUGCUAUACCUAA